AGGUGUGGUCUUCUCACAUCACAGCGGCUGUCUAGGGGCACCUUAAUUUUGUUUGUCAUAUCCUCUGAGGUUGCAAAAACGCACUAUAAUUUUUGGAAACUCACAUGGUAAAAGUGACCGUCUGAGGUGGGACUAACGUUGGAUACGUUUUGUUAAUAUUCUCUAAUUGCAAAUAUAUCAGAUGGAAGAAAAACCGUUUGAGGGUCUUAAAAUUUCAUCCUCAGAUUUUCUUAACACACUAGAGAACCGAACUAUCUGUCCAAAAUGUAUGAAGUCCAGGAAAUUUUAUUGUUACAACUGUUUUGUCCCAGUAAAAGGGAUAGAGGAUUUGAUCCCAAGGGUGCAACUGCCUAUAAAAAUUGACAUCAUUAAACACCAAAAUGAAUGUGAUGGGAAGAGUACAUCAGCCCAUGCUGCUGUACUAGCACCAGAUGAUGUCAGAGUGUUUACAUAUCCAUGUAUCCCAGACUAUCCGGACCCUAGUAAGGUUGUCCUUGUUUUCCCAGGAAAAAAUUCCUUAACUCUUGAAGAAUUGGCCAGAAAUUCUAGAUCCAAACCUAAAGACAGAGACAAUAACAGUGACAAUGAUCAGAAUUCCUGUAGACUGUCAUCUGAAGUUGGGCAAAAUGAAUCCCUGUGCAAAAAUCUAAAGGGAAAUAACCCUGUGAAUGGUAGUUCAUCUGACAAGGGAAGUAACCCUACGUCAGAGGAUCCAUGUUCUAAAGAGACAGCAUCUUGCCAAGUUCUUGAGGAGUCUUCACCAUAUAAGAGGAAGGCGGGAGACACUGAAGGAGAAAAAACGAAGAAACAGAAGAUUUCAAGUGAAGAGCCUCCAUUUGAGAGAGCCAUCUUCGUUGAUAGUACUUGGAAGCAGACUAAAGGAAUAAUUGCUGAUGAUAGACUUAAAGACAUGACCUGCAUACAAUUGAAAUCAAGAGAAACCAAAUUUUGGAGGCACCAGAAGGAUAAUCCGGCCACCUACUUGUCCACCAUCGAGGCAGUGUAUUACCUAGUGCGGGAUUACCACGAACUCUUUCUGGAAGACACAAGUUAUAAUGGAGAAUACGACAAUCUAUUAUUUUUCUUCUCAUUUAUGUACCAGAAAAUAAGAACAUUUUAUGAUGGAGGAAAAGACUUAAAAGCUUAUAAACAGAGAGCUAAAACGAAACAAGUUUGUGGAGAAAAAACUAGUGAAUGAAUUUUGCUUCUUUAUUUUGU